AUGAAAAUACUAUUGCUCAUAUUAGUUUCUUCAGUGCUCUCAGAGGAUUGCACAACGAAUAAGAAAGAGACGAAAUGCACAAGUAUAUUCGAUGACUUGCAAAAUUGCUAUAAUUCCACGUACAAACCGAUGUUGGGCGAUUGCCUGGUGACGUGUAAUGCAUGCGAUUCGUAUACCUGCACAAAUCCCCAACCAGAUACAACCCUAAAUUGCACGGCAUUGAUAGCUCAAUGCGAUUCUCCAACUUUCGGCGAAUUUAUGAAAGAGAAAUGUCCGCAAACUUGCGGCAAGUGUAAUCGGAAAAAUGCGAAUCUUUGUAGCAAUCGAAGUGAAGCGGAAGUUUGCACAGCUAUGUCGCCCUUUUGUAACACUGUGGAUUUCUAUGAUCUUUUGACUACACAAUGCCCUUCCACAUGUAAUCGUUGCCUGUUGAAUGGGACAACGACACACGGUGGAAGUGGAAGUGGGGAAGGCGGCGGUGGAACUGAUGGGAAAUGCGUGGAUUUGGCUGCAGAUUGCGGAGCAAAUCAUUCGAAAUGCUCCAAUGCACAGUAUGCUCCCUUGAUGCAUCGAUUAUGUCCCCAAACUUGCAAUUCCUGCUCGACGUGUGAGGAUUACAAUAAAAUGUGA